AAAUCCCUGUAUUUACUGAACAAUAAGCCUUAGUAUGUAACAAGCCUGGGAUUUUAAGGGGUUAACUCCACAAUGUGUCUCAGUUUCAUAAAAAUCUUUUGUCCCUCAGCCCUGAGACUCAAGAAGGAACUUCAAAGGCCUUAACACAUUCCUUUCACUUUCAUUACUGUAGUCACAAAAGACCCUGUUAUGCAAGGCAAAAUAGUAAUAAGAGGACAUAAGGCAAACACUGAUCUUCUUGUGUUUUUUACUAUGAUAAAUGUAAAAGCUCGUACAAAAUGAUGCAAAUGAAAGUCCUGUUGCUAUUCAUAUCAACCUAAUGCUGACAUCAAAUGUCUGUCUCUUUGUUUCUCACCUUCACUGCAUUAACCAUCGUUUUUGUCCUCCCCCGCUAAACAGAACUAGCCAAUCAGAGCAAGGAAAUUCCUUUUCUUCUCCCUCACCCUUUCCUCCACCCCACCUCCACAUGCUUGUUCUCUCGCUCUCUCUCUCUCUCUCUUUGCUAGCAGCAGGGACAACUUCCUAUCAGUGAAUCACUUCACCAGUCAAGACAAGUCUGUGAAGACAUGUUCAUCUCUCUGUUCCUGGUAGUGACCGACGCUGAAGUUGGACUGAGCGGAGCGAGGAUGAAGGUUAUACCAACAGCCCUUUCUUUUCUUCUGUUAAUCCAAACUGUCAUUGAGGGAGUUAAAGCCAAUGGAAAUAUAACAGCUCCGGCUGGGGAGGUUCAGCAGACUAAUGAAGUGAAUGUGCCGCCGGUGGUGAAGUCAACUUUUCAUAUGCAUUUACAAGGCAAUGAGUUUGAGGAUACAUGCGAAAUUGUACCGUUUCAUUUGAACACUCUCCACACAUGUAACUACAACACAAGCAGCCCUCUGAUCAUCAUCAUUCAUGGCUGGUCGAUAAAUGGACUUAUGGAAGAGUGGAUAUUCAGGAUGGCCUCAGCCCUCAAGACAAAACUGGAGCAUGUGAACGUACUGAUCAGUGACUGGAGACCCUUAGCCCUCCAGCCUUAUUCAGUCGCAGUCAAGAACAGCAGGCAAGUGGGCUUCGAUGUGGUGACUCUGCUGCAGUGGCUGGAGGAGACCACCCAGUUCUCCAUGAAUGAGGUUCACCUGAUUGGUUACAGCUUAGGAGCACAUGUGGCUGGGUUUGCAGGAAGUCAUUUUAAAGGAGCCAGAAAGUUGGGCCGCAUAACAGGUCUGGAUCCUGCAGGCCCCCUCUUUGAGAAAGUUAAUGCCAGUGAAAGGCUGUCUCCUGAUGAUGCCAAGUUUGUGGAUGCCAUCCACACGUUUUCUAAGUCUGGCAUUGGGCUGGCGUUAGGCAUCUCGCAGCCAGUGGGCCAUGUUGAUUUCUAUCCAAAUGGAGGAUCAAUGCAGCCAGGAUGUCAGAUGAUGGACAUAUACCAGGGUUUACCAAAGACCAUAAAAUGUGCUCACCAGCGGGCUGUCCACCUCUUCAUCGACUCCCUGCUGCACACGGAUCAACAGAUGACAGCCUACCGAUGUCGAGACAGCACUGCGUUUGACAGAGGUCUCUGUCUGGAUUGCAAAAAGUAUCGCUGUAAUACUCUGGGCUACAGUGUAAGAAGGGUCUACAGCAAAUACCAAAAAGGCUUCUAUCUGAAAACUGGUUCCCAAUCACCAUUUAAAGUGUACCACUACCAGAUCAAAGUCCUGUUGCUCAACCUGACCGAGCCGGUUAAAGUCUCUGCUUCCAUUUCUAUUACUGGAACCAAUGGCGAGAGCACCUAUAAGCCUGUUACUCUGGCCCAAGAAUAUGUUGACAAUACAACAUACUCAUCCCUGGUUGCGGUGGGAUCAGAGUUGGGCAAACUGCAGGCUUUGAGGCUGCGCUGGGAGGGAGAGGCGACUAUAACCAGUUGGUGGAGAAGUGUCACAAGCAUCAUGCGCGGGAGCAGAAGCAGGAAGAGUACAGAACUCAUUGUGGCAAAGAUACGGCUCAAAUCCGGGGAGAGCCAGGAAAAGACAUGGUUCUGUGGUCAAGCAGGAGAUGUCGUACAUCUUAAACCCUCAGAAGACCAAGAGUUUGUUCGUUGUCAAGAUACCACUACAAAACACAAGAACAAGAAUCAGUGAAGACUUUACAGUGAAUUAAAAUGGACAAGCUAUGAGGAAGCUGAUGAAAAAAAAAUAAAAAAUCAAAUGUGAAA